UUCGCCUUUGUGUCCACCGGGGUAGAGAUGGGGCGGCAAGAGACCAUCCCUGCCCGCUCGAGGAUAUCAUGUGUGAACUGAGUCUGGUGGAGGAAGAGGCCGGUGGCUGUGCGCUGGACAUUGAUCCCAAGAAAGAAGUGCAGGUCACCCAUGUCUGUCAUGGAGAAUUCAGCCUUAAGCUGCUGAAUGAGGCUCUGAAGCCGUGCCGGGGAGGAUGCCCCUCCACGCUGUCCGGAGGAGGAGCCAUCGCCAUAAUUGACGCCAAAAAACCGAUCCCCACUGCCGCCGUGAGGAGGGCCGCGGCUGUCAUUGCCGCCGUGCUGGUUGCCGAUGCCGGCAUCCCGACCUGCCAGCAGCGCCGUGCUGCUGGUUCCGCCCAGUGGAGUCCUCUGCCGAUCGAGAAGGAGAAGGGCCGACCGUACUUGGAGAAAACUCGCCAUGGGGGUAGAUCCUUUGACGGUGGUGCGAAAUUGAUGCUCGAGUUGCAUGGCUCGAGCAUGCUUAUUGUCGUGAAACAACUCAUGAAUCAUCGUCCAGAGGGCAGAUGCAGUAGUGACAGAAGAGAGAACGAGAUCAGACACCUCAUCUGUGAUGGUGGAGAGAAUCCAUCCCUGGAGGAUAACAUCAAGUUGAAACCAUUCGUCGUCGUCGUCGGAGAUGGGAGCAAUAGAGCCUUUGAGAUAGCCAUGGAGAUUGAACUGCCGUGCAAGAAGGAGGAACAAGCGGCUCCACUUUUUAUAGUUUGGUUGAGAAAAACUGAGUUGAAUUGGAACAUGAAGUUUGACAUUUGAGACGGAGAAAGCAAGAUGGGGAGGGUUUGGGCUGGAGGAUUGAGAUGUGACCUCACUGUCCGUCAUGGUAGAGGAGGAGCUUCCGGCCAAGGGAAGAGGGAGGGGGUGCGGCGGCGCUGCUGUUCGGCGAAGGAAGGAGGAGGCCGAAACAAAGGGGGGAGAUUUUU